GCGUAUAUAUAGCGAACGUGCACAGCAAAACGCAUCAUUCGCAUUCAGGACUCCACUGCCUUCAGUGCAACCAACAAGAGCAGCAUCAUGAGGUUCAUGCUCGUGGCCGCCAGUCUGGUGGCUCUUCUGGCCUUCGCGAACGCAGAAGAAGCCAAGAAAGCAGAAACGGAAGUGGCAGUAGCUGACGACAAGGAGGUGGCGGCCACCGAUAAGAAACAUGAGAAGCGCGGGCUGAUCGAUCUCGGCUACGGCGGACAUGGGGGAUACAGCGGCGGGUUCGGCGGCGGAUACGGUGGCGGAUUCGGUGGCGGUUACGGUGGCGGUUACGGCGGCGGCUAUGGCGGUGGUUAUGGAGACUCGCACAAAACCAUCACUGUGGUUAAGAAUGUUCCCGUUCCCUACCCAGUUGAGAAACAUAUCCCAUACCCUGUCGAAAAGCAGGUCCCCUUUCCCGUCAAAGUACCAGUACCUCAACCUUACCCGGUCGUCAAGCACGUCCCUUACCCGGUCAAGGAAUUAGUCAAAGUACCAGUUCAUGUACCUCAACCUUACCCCGUCGAGAAGAAGGUGCCUUACCCAGUGCAUGUCCCCGUUGACAGACCAGUUCCCGUCAAGGUAUUCGUGCCCCAACCUUACCCAGUGGAGAAACACGUGCCUUACCCAGUAAAGGUCCCAGUGCCGGCUCCUUACCCCGUUGAAAAGAAGGUGCCCUAUCCCGUUAAGGUUCCAGUGCAUGUUCCUGCUCCCUACCCGGUUGUCAAGGAGGUGCCCUAUCCCGUCAAGGUUCCCGUCGAUAGGCCUUAUCCCGUACACGUCCCCAAGCCAGUACCUUACCCAGUAGAAAAACCCGUACCUUACCCGGUUGAAAAACCAGUGCCUUACCCAGUCAAGGUACCCGUCGACCGCCCCGUGCCUGUGCACGUAGAGAAACCAGUGCCGUACCCCGUGAAAGUGCCCGUGCCAGCACCAUACCCCGUUGAAAAGCACAUCCCCUACCCGGUGGAGAAGCACGUGCCUUACCCAGUGAAGGUGCUCGUAGACAGGCCUUACCCGGUGCACAUCGAGAAGCACGUCCCCGUACAUGUCGAGAAGCACGUGCCUUACCCAGUUAAGGUGCCCGUCCCAGUUGUCGUCGGCCACGGACACGAGUAUGGCCAUCAUGGAAGCUACUAAUGGCUGCAGGAAGCAGACGUCUGAUUGUGAUAUCUAAAUAUAAGAUUAGCACCGUAACUUACGAACGAGAGCCGUGGGAAUCACCAUCAAAUGGGAUAGUGGUCGGUGACCAGAUCUCUGCAUGACAAAUCCCACGACUCUCGAUCGACUCGCACUGAUGCAAUACUCUUUUUAUAGUCUUUUUUUUCUUUUUGUUUUUUUUUGAUGAACGAUCGGUGAUGUUAGAACUUUGAGUUGACGUACCUGUUACUUUAGGAAAGAGAGAAAUGUUUCUUAUGAAGUUUUUUGUUUUUGUAAAAUUGAGUCGAUUAUAAUUAUUGUACAAAAAAUAAUAAAAGAUGGCGCUGCCAAAAAGUGUGUGCUCGUUUAUUUU